AGCCAUUUUGGCUCCAUCCAUUUUGACUCGAUACCCUUUUGACUCGGGUCGCGCGCGUCCUCGGCUCCCGCGCGCGAUGGUGUCUACGAUGCGUCCCCUCCUGCUGGCCGCCGCGUGCUGCAAGGCCGCGGGCGUGAGCCUGGUCAAGCCGAUGACCUUCGGGAAGAAGGCGCCGCGCCACUCGCCGAGGGCGCUGGUGGCGACGAUGGUCAUGCCGGACGACGAGAUCCCGGUGGACCUCAUGAUGGAUCUCGGCACCACCUGCGCAUGAUCAGCGGCAACAGGAGCGUCCUGGAGGGGGUCAUCAUCGACAACCGCCCGCCCUGGUCGGAGAGGGCGGCCCUGAUGGGCGCGGGGAAGAUCCCCAGCACGCAGGAUCCCCUGCUCUCGCGCUACCGGCGCUCCCAGGGCACCACGGGAAGCGUUCAGGUGAAAGACGUGGACUAUGCGAGGAUGAGCGCCCUCAUGACCCGCUUCUUCGGCACCGCCGACCUGCGGUUGAGCAGCAACAUGUUGAGGCUGGCUGCCGAUGCGCCUUCGAACAUCUCGAAGCUCGACGAGAAGGGCAGGGCCGCACGCCUGCUGGGCAUGCUGAACUUCCUGGAGUCGUGCGCGGACGCGGACGCGGAGGUCGACAUGUGCAUCUUCCUUGACUCGACGACCUUCCUGUACCGCGAGAACCAGACGGGGCUCGUCGAGGUGGCGGCGAAGCUGUUCCAGCAGGACCCGAUGGCCGUGGUGCUGCAGCCGCCGGACAUGUGCACGAGCUCGCGCGCCUCGGCGAAGGGCGUCUGCAAAGUGGGGAACUCGACGACGAUCAAGCACGGUUUCUUCGUGGUCAACCGCGACCGCUUCGAGGGCUUCGCGCCCAUGCCCGUGGAGAACGCGGGACUGGGGAGUGUCUUCGAGGACAUCUUCGCCGAGGGGCUGACGAAGGGCGACCACGAGGGUGCGGUGAAGCAGAUCCGGUGCGGUGGCUCCUUCUUCGUUCACCCAUUCGACCGCAGUCUGGGGCCUUGGGCCUGCCCGCACAAGAACCAGCUCGAGCUUCCUGCGCACGCCCGAGACACACUCGGCAGCCGCGGCGCCAGCCGCGCCCGGAUGUCGGAGGGCCACUUCGACGAGGACUACUCGCGCUUCAAGGAGAAGGCCCACGGCGCCGCCGCGCUCCAGUCCCUGAUCGACCGCAUCGAGGCCGGCAAGCUCCCCGAGGCCAAGUCCCCGGAGAGCGUCACCAACCGGUGCUCCAACAUGUGCCCCUCGAGGGAGCGCAUCAGCCAGGGCCUCGCGUGGUGAGCAGGGCGCGCCCCCCCCUGGACGAGCGCGUUCUUGGCCCCCUCCUUCCCGGGCAGCCGCCCGCCUCGUGUUGGUCUUUUUGUGGGGGAGAGCACGGCCUCGCUCUCCUCUCUCUGGCAAGCCGCUGGUCCGCAGUCGUUGUGGCUCCGCGGGCGUCCUGUGGUAAAUCCUGGGGCGCCGGGCGGCGCUCGACCGGGCCACGGCCCACCCACACCACGGCAGCUCCUUUCGUAGACCUUUGGUGGAAAAGGUGGUUUGCUCUCGGGCUGCUGUGCUUCAUCUUGAGGGGGAGCACAGCCUCUCGGCGGCGAGCGAGGGGGGAAGCGAGAAG